UCAGCCUCCGAGCUUUAACAGUGUGUAGAGAGGAGCUGACAGUCAGUCUACACUGAGCCCUGCUGGAUAGUAGCUGUGAGAAGCUGAGCCCUGAGCCUCUUGUAACUCCAUCCUACUACAUACAGCCCACCAUGGAUGUCAAAGUACUGGCUGUGUUGGCCCUACUGGCUGUGGCCAUGGAUGUACCUCCCUCUACGGCUAAGCCCAUCAGCCUGGUAGAGAGGUGCUGGUGUCGCUCCACUCUGAACACCGUCCCUCAGAGGAGCAUCAGAGAGCUCAAGUUCCUUCACACACCCAACUGCCCUUUCCAAGUCAUUGCCAAGCUGAAGAACAACAGGGAGGUGUGCAUUAACCCCGAGACCAAAUGGCUGCAGACGUACCUGAAGAAUGCCAUUAACAAGGUGAAGAAGUCCAGAAGACGUGCUCAGUAAAGGAGACACCAUCCUGACCGGCUUGCAGUGCCCCAGUCCCAGGCCAGCUCUCCUCCUCCACUACUCAGAUAUGUAACUCUAUAGCUACACGUCUCUGCUCUGGAACACUCUGGAACGCUCUGGAACAUUCUGGAACGCUUGCAAAACCAGCACUUCACCGCCAGACCGACCAUGAUGCCUUGCUGCUGCUGCUGUCCCCCCGCAGCCACCCUGCCCCCCACGCUGCAGAUACCUCUCCUCACGCUGUUAGCACCAAGUGCAUAUACCUAAUUAUAUCGGAAUGUGUGAGUACGUGUGUAAAGAGUGUGUGAGCACAGUGUGUUUUAUUUGGUGUGGUUGUUCUUAGUGUGUAUGUGUGUGUGUGUGUGUGUGUGUGUGUGUGUGUGUGUGUGUGUGUGUGUGUGUGUGUGUGUGUGUGUGUGUGUGUGUGUGUGUGUGUGUGUGUGUGUGUGUGUGUGUGUGUGUGUGUGUCUGAACUGAGUGUGUCUGAACUGAGUGUGUAAGUGUACGUCUGUAUAUAAAGUAUUUUUCCUACUUUUAUAAGAGGCAGUAAAGGGACAUUUAAAGUUUUUACACCCGGUUCACCGUCUCAAAUGUGCUCAGCAAGGGCUUGUGGGUAUCACCAGGGGUGGGCUCUGACUGAGGGGUCAUAGGAUAGGAACAGGAAUGAGCCGUCCAAUGGCUUGAGCCCACUCUGUAAGAGGCGACCAAUCAGGGCUGGUCAAACAUUCAUAACAGGGGAAAUAGAUAGUCACCCUUAACUGAUCCAAGGUAAGAUGUUGUUGAAUCCCUGAUGGUUAAGUCUAGGAUGGUAGGGAAGGAAAUCUUAGAUCUGUGGUUAGGGGCAACUUCUGUGUCAAGCCUUAACAAGCUUUCCAGUCUAGCCAAGACAAUGGAGAUCCUCAAACGAUAACAAAGGACAUGCAUUGAUUCAGGUGUUUCAACUCUGGGGAUCAGAAGACAUUAGUUUGAACUGAUACAUAUCUUUUCAGGAAGCGAGGCUGUGCACUGAAUCACAUGGAGUUUCCAUUCACCAGAACAGACCAGUGAAGAUCCGAAUCAGACGAUGCGUACAGGCCGGCGGUUUCUAACCUCUCCUCGGGGACCACCAGGCGUUUCACAAUUUAGUUGUAGCCCAGAACUAACUCACCUGAUUCACCUAUUCAAGGCUGGUUAGUUGACAAGUUGAAUCAGGUGUGCUAGCUGUGGAAUAGAUCAAAUACAUGGAACGACUGGGGGACCUCGAGGAGAGGUUUGAAAACCCCUGCUGUAAUGAAGGGGAAGUUAUCUGCUGUAAUAAAGGGGAGGUUAUCUGCUGUAAUACAAGCCGACAGCCUUUAUUGGAGGCAGACAAUUCUGUAUUACAGUUGAGUCCUGUGCCGAACAGGAAAGCCCACACAAUUAGAAGUAACUUAAGCAACUCAGCAAAAGCCAAGGGUUGUAAGAACGAUGGCCUUGUAGGAUAAGAUUGUAAUGCAAAACAGGGAUAAAACUCCAUAUCAAUGCAGCUUUUUAUACAGUUUGUGUGAAUGUAAUGUUGUUCGUUGCUAUAGUCUAGGCUGUAAAGGCAUUGAAUGAGACACCAAGUCAUUUUUCAACAACACAAGCGAUGUGAAAUGAAUUCACCUCAAUAUUCUGGGUAUUUACUAACAAAUACUGGCGUAAAAUAAUUGCUGUAUUAUAUUAAGUGUAGUAAGAUUCAUUACAUACAUUUCGAUACAGGAUCACAUUGUCGGAUUAUUGGAUUUCACUCAUCAAUUGCAUAGGAGCUCACUUUAGGCCUACUCCAUAGUUAUAAACCACCACAUAUCCUGAGGAUUUAAAGCCAGUAUACGGACACAUUAAAUACCUGUUACUAUACUACAGUAUUGACUAUCACAUUGAAACUGAAUGUUGCUGAGCUGGGGGCGAAAUAAAGUUAUUCUACUUUGAUCGUUGAGCCACUUUAAGACUUUAAGUCUUUUAAAUUGGUAUUUUUACUGUAAUGAUUUUUAUAUGUUUGUAUAUUUUAUAUAUUCUAAGAUAAUGAGAUGUAACACAGUAUUUGUAAGUACAUUUAAGCAGUAUUAGAUGAAGGCAUAACCAGAGAGUACUGUAUCCCAACCGCAGUACUACUGUAUUAUCCAAUCAAAUUUUUACACAUUUAUCACUUUUCCAAAAACGUUUAUUUGCCAUAUCAUAAAAAAACAUGUUAUGUGUCUAUUAACUUCAUUUGGUGCAGCUGCAACAUGUUGAAGUUAAUGUAAUGAACAUUUAUAGUCCCCCAGAUUAAAUUGUGGCGACAGGUCUAGAUUGAACAACAACAGAAUAUUAUAGAGAUACAGGGUUCAUUGCCAUAGUUUUCCCUGAUUCACUCCUCCCUUGAGGAGGUUUAUUCUAAUCAACCAAUAAUCUGACGGCAUUCAUCCACUGAUGCAAGAUGGGCAAAUCUAAUAAAUCUGGAAUGUAACGCUACGUACUGAGAUACUUUAAAACAAACAUUCCUGUUGUCAUUAGGAUAUCUCAGCUCAGGCCGAUUCAAAUUCAGAUUCAGCUCAGGCAGACGUCAAUUAAUUCUUCAUUAGGACCCCUUAGAACACAAUGUCGUUGGGAUUCUGUUCUAUUUCUCCUGACAGCGUUCCACAGAGUUUAAAAUAUGAAGUGCCAAUAGUACCACUGAGCCAAGACAGAGAACAAUACAUUUAAGUAUGAGCCAGGGGACCCACACAUGUUUUCAAUCAAGCCCCUCCCUCCCAGAUAUAGCCAUUCCUCAAUGAUGUGGGUUUCUAUACUGUUUUACUGUUGCCAUUGUUUUUCUACUGUCAAAAUAGAGCUCCAGGUCCAUUCAAAUCUCCAGGCAUCUUAGUCUGUGAGCUAAGUGCAGGUGUUUUGGUCCAGAGGUUAUUAAGUAUCUGUAUCACAUCGUUGUAAGGUUUGUCAUAAAGGAAGGGAAUUUGGUGAUUAUUUAAGUGUUUGAGAACCAUUCUGUUCAAUGCCAUGCUACAGUUAGAUCCACAACCAAACCAAACAACAUGGCUGUUACCAUUUUACUUAUCAUAUCUGUUAUUUGGACCACAUGUGCAAAUAAAUCAUUGCAUUAAGCAAUAACAUCCCAAGUGGAAAUGUGUUUUGUCAGAAGUGUAUUUGUUCUGUAUGGGUGCUCUCCCCAGACAAUGUGAAUUACAUGUUAAAACCUUCAAUUCUUUUGAGGCAGCUUACGACACAAGUAUCCUUCAUCUACGAGGGAUUGUUUAAUUCAACUCUGUAUGUUCACUGUUUGUAUAAACCAAGGGGCAAUAUGAUACCGAUAUGAUACUCACCCUCUUUUUCAAUAAACAUAUAAAAUAAAAUCAAA